AGUUUUUACUAGUGAUGCGGAAAUGGGGAUGACGGCAGUCUAUCUGGCUGUGUCCGAUUAUACGAACGGAGCGGUGUUGAGGGUUGAUGGUGGAUUGGCAUUGGUCAUUCCUUGAUUAUUUGGCCAUCUAAUGUAGAUCUCUUCAUGAGCUCAAAUUGCUAUUUGUGAACAUGGCCUCUCCAAAUGGUAGGAGUGUAUAGUUUGGGCUUUCAAGGCUGGAACGUCGUAUCUAUUCUCUGGAUAUUCGCAUAAUGUCCCACUCUAAGGAGGGGCGAGGGAAAGACGUGGUGCUAAGCUUCGGAGCCCCAACGGGCAAGUCAAUCAAUGCAGCAGGAACAAGCUCGUACCGGAAGAUUACUAUAGUACAAGCGUAUUCCUACAAGAACAUGUCGACUACCGGAGAACUAGAAGCCUGUUCGUACAGAGAAUGGAAAUCGGUACUUCAGUUAUUCUUGAAGACCACCUGCAUCUUCAUCAUGGAAGUGCGAUUCUGCACACCCACACCGGCAUCUCGCGCUACUUCUUCCACUCGUUGGGCAAUAGCCCUUAACUGCACCUGCAUGUUCAUAUUCACGGCGCCAACCUGUAAGGCUGGGACCGAGAUGAUUGUCAAGGAAACGAUCCCGGCGUCCUCAUCGGGCACCAUCCUGGCUUUUUCGACCAACGCAUUCGAGGACUCCACGUUGGCGUCGGCUGCGCGCUUUGGGGGGAUAAUGGGCCUGCUAGCUGACGCAAGAUCCGCUUGGGUCGCUGGAAAAAUGUGUCGGCCUACAAUGACGGCCCACUUCGCACGCGAGCCAUAUCAGUACUCAAUCCUACCCAUGUACUGGGGAUACUCACGUCCCAUGUCUCCUCGCAGGUACUGGCGCUAUAGACCCAGGAAAUGGCUCUGUCUUGACCAUUUCCACAAAUUCAGGCUCAGUACUCAUCUGCGACGGAAACAUGCCAAACUCCAACGCGUUCACCCGAAUCGGAAUACCUCUCGCAGCAAAUCUCGUCCCCAGAACGAGGGUGAGCGUUUCCAAGGCUGCUUUGGUUGGACCGUAUGCCAACUCGUAAGCCAAGUUAGUUCUGAGUGGAGCUUGAAGGCAACUUGAAGGAAACGGUAAGCCACAUACGGGAUCUCGGCAAAUCGGGUUUUGGACCAGUACUUUACCUUAGAAUGGAUAUAGCAUUGCAUCAUCUUUUACGCCCAUUUCCUCCUUUCGCUCUCUUCA